AUGGAACAGAAAAAUGGCAGUUCUUUCACGGGGUUUAUCCUGCUGGGGUUCUCUGACCGGCCUCAACUGGAGCUAGUCCUCUUUGUGGUCCUCCUAAUCUUCUACCUGUUCACUCUGCUGGGAAACACCACCAUCAUUGCCUUGGCCCAACUGGACCCACAUCUACAUACUCCCAUGUACUUUUUCCUCUCCAACCUAAGCUUCCUGGACCUGUGUUACACGACCAGCACUGUCCCUCAGCUCCUGGUUCAUCUCAGGACAGCAGACAAGUCUAUCUCGUUUGGUGGCUGUGUAGUUCAGCUGUUUGUCUUCUUAGGGCUGGGAUGCACGGAAUGCAUUCUGUUAGGGCUCAUGGCGUUUGACCGCUAUGCAGCCAUCUGCAAGCCCCUGCAGUACACCGUGAUCAUGCACCCCCGUCUCUGNAUCUGCAAGCCCCUGCAGUACACCGUGAUCAUGCACCCCCGUCUCUGCGCCCUCAUGGCUUCUGCAUCGUGGUUCUUUGGUUUUGCCAACUCCUCAUUGCAAACAACACUCAUCUUCCUUGUACCACUUUGUGGGAGAAAUAAAAUAGACCACUUCCUUUGUGAGAUCCCCGCACUGCUCAAGCUUGCCUGUGUUGACACCACUGUGUAUGAGUCAGAGAUGUUCUUUGCCAGUGUGGUCAUUCUCCUCAUACCUGUGACGUUAAUCAUCUUCUCCUAUGGUCAGAUCCUCAGGGCAGUCUUAAGAAUAAAGUCAUCUGCAGGGCAGAGGAAAGCAUUUGGCACAUGUGGGUCCCACAUCACAGUGGUCUCCCUGUUCUAUGGCACAGCCAUCUAUGCUUACCUCCAGCCCAGCAACAACUACUCCCAGGAUCAGGGCAAGUUUGUUUCUCUGUUCUACGCCAUCGUCACCCCCACAGUCAAUCCCAUCAUAUAUACACUGAGGAACAAGGAUGUGACCGUGGCAAUGAAGAAGGUACUUUGGCAGGGGCCAGGAGUCCAGAUGACCGGGGGUGGGGCCUGGUGCGUAGCUGCUGAUACGCUGAGCAGCAGCUACCGAGCAGCAGACCAGCAGACGGUGCUUACGUGUCACGUUGUGCUGCAGGCGGAGGAGCGCCCAUGUGAGGUCUGCAAGCGGGUUAUGCAGCUC